AUGGAGCAAUCAUCCCUGUGCCCAUACUCCACUGCCCGAAUAGACAGCAGCUCUUCGAGAGACUAUUGGGUCAAGGAGCACGCAAUUCUUUUGCGGCGCCGAACCAACCACCCCCUCUUUCACAUGACAAGCUUCACCUCCUACAAAGGCGAACGUCAAGAACCGCUUUUGGCUCCAGUGCCCGCUAACACCGGAUGCUCUUAUGACAUAUGCAUAAGCAAAGCCCAAGACCCAAUUACUUGUUCAAUCUUCUCGCUAGAAGGAACCCACCCAUUGCUAAUCGUAUAUGAGCCAUCUGUACCCCCCCCGGAACGUACUUAUAUCACUUUCCCAAGCUUUGUAUUUACUUCAGCCUCUUGUGUCAUUCUACAUUGUCGCCGAGCAGAGCCGCCAUUAAUCGACUGGAUUUCUCAUCUUCACAUCCAUUCGAGGAAAUCUUAG